AAAAUUGUGAACCAGUCGCUUUAACUAUUCCACGUCGGAAAAAAGGCGUUAACAAGAUUCUGUCACGUAUAUAUGAAAUAGUGGUGAAAUAAAAAUGAUUGAAACAAACACAUCUUUUAAAAAAUGUAAUGUGAAACGAUACGUGUAAAUUUUAACUAAAUCAUAUCGUUUAAUGUGUUGAUUAGUAUGCGCAGUGGUUGUUGAGUGAUACAGAUUUUCUAUCUUGCAACGAUAAGAUUCCAAGCAUGAGAUUACAACUGAUUAUAGUUAUCUCCCUUUACAUUGUGACAGUAAAGUGCCAAUAUAAAUAUGACUGUCGGAGGAUGGAAGAUUGUCAAAAUGGAGGCACGUGCGUAGAGAAUGACUGCACGUGUAAAGGAACCUUUGGAGGCUACAACUGUGGCUAUGACACGGCUACGGCGACAGCUUGCACGGCUGAGGCAGGUUUUUGUCAGAAUGAAGGGGUAUGUUACAAUGAUGGAACAGCAGAUCUGUGUGCUUGUCCCUAUGGUUUCGUCGGGAAAAGAUGCGAGAAUAAAACAGUGGUCAUAGACUGUGAAGGAAAUACGGUAGAUUUUAAAAUGACAUUUCCAACAUACUUUGCUGGCACAGUCCAAAUGUUCAGUGAUGCACCCGAGUGUGUUUUGAAAGAAACGGACGACAAUGAACUAAACAUGAAGUCAUACUCGGUCAAGGUCGAUAUCUCUGGAAACGAGGCUGGAUGCAAUAUGACAAAUAUCGAGACUGUCACAGAUCUUGAGACAGGGGACACGGAAUAUUCUGGACUAUUUCAAGUGAAUUAUUUACAAAUGGUGACAACGUCGCUUGAUGAGAUAUACAACCUGACGUGUUCUCACGAGAGUUCUGAUAUCCAAUUAUCGCAGUCCUUCACAAAUCUGGACGUGGUCAAUGAGAAUUUGACACAGUCAGAUUUUAAUGAGACGUACAGCCCUGUAGAGUUGUCGGUGUUAGAUGAUCUGGGUAACCCAUUGGCUCCUGACACCCAAUUAUUCGUCGGGGACGUUUUCCAACUUCAUGUCUAUCUAACUGACGAAUUAGCUUUUAAUGAUGUCUUAAUCGAACGAUGUUCCACCAAUAACACCCUGGAAAAUACUGACCAGAAAACAUUUGUUGUGUUGGACAGGGGAUGUCCUACAAAGCAAAGUAAACGUCUGACCCCAGGUCAGGUGGUCAAAAUGUAUGAUACAACUUUACCCGACGGAACGCCUGUGAAAACAAGUGGUAAAGUUUUAUCAAUCGAGGCUUUCAAGUUUGUUGAUUCAAGCAACAUAGGUAUCGUCUGCUCCGCAAAGGUUUGCAAACCAGGCGACACGAGUUGUCAAGUUCCACCAAAUUGUAAUGAAGUUAUGAAUCAAGAUCCAAAUGCUCAGCCAGUUGUUAAUGCUCCUACUGAAACACCGGUAGAAACCCCAGUAGAAACCCCAGUAGAGACGCCAGUAGAAACUCCAGUAGAGACUCCGGUGGAAACCCCAGUAGAAACACCUGUUGAAACACCCGUGGAGACCCCUACCGAGACACCGGUUAUCAGAAGGAAGAGAAGAGCUGCUGGUGACGAUAAGGUUGAGGAAGAGGCAAUAGUGUCAACUGUGCUUACAGUAGUUGAUCCUUAUGGUUACAGACAAAGCAGACUGACAGCAUCUGAGGAUUUGAACUCAUUCGAAAAAUGUUUGGCUCACGAAGAAGUAACAGCGGUAGUCGCGGUUCUUGGAACAGCGGUGUUUGCUCUGCUUGUCGCCUGCUUCUUGCUCUCUUGUAUCACUCUCAAGAGAAGAGCAAAAACGACAGACUACAAAACGAUGCCUCUUCCCAAACAAGAGCAUUUUCGAAUACCACGUGCACAUAUAAAUGACUCAUUCAGCCUCGGAGACAUAUAGAGUUUUAGUGACUUUUAUUUCUUUAUAUUUUGAUUUAGUUAUAGUAUAUAUACACUUUCUAAUUUACCAUAUAUACUCAAAAUAUUGCAUAAUAAUAUGUGUUCCUUUGCCGUUGUCCAUCGUUAAUGUGCAGCUGUUUUCACUAUUGUCUGCUUACUUUAAAGGGACGCCACUGAGGUUUUUUUGACAUGACGGGACUGGAACUAAUUUUUCGACAUUAAUAAUGUCUAGACCAACUUGUGUGAAAAAUUUCAGAUCAUUUUUUCCAGAGUAUUUUUUUCUAAUAAUAAUUGUGAAAAAUAAUCCAAAAUUAAAAAGCGUUGUAACGUUUUUCACUCAAAGCGCACUAAGAAUAGCAGAAAAAUAUGAUUUUCAAUUUAUUUCUGAUUAUCUUUCGCAUACUUUCUGAGUGAAUUUUUAUGAACCUCAGCAGAGUUCCUUUAUAGUGAAAAUGUAUGUUUGCUAUUUUUUGUUUGUGUAUUAUGUCAAAAUGUUUGAAAUAGAGAAAAGAAUAACCAUAUAACUUAAUAUAAUCCUAGUCAAAGAAUAUAUUUUAUAUUUUUCGUGGCAUUAAUUGUAGAGAUGAAAGUUGGCGUGCUAGUGAAGUGGAAUUCAGAAUAAAUACAAUGUAUUUAGAAAUGAAAUGGUAGAAGAUAUUGUAAUGCUAUAUAAUGCUACACAUGCCCUUUUCGUAGGAAAGGUCCGGGUGUCUGUCUGUAGCAAGCCAAUAAACGAACAAAAUUGGCGAAAAAAUCUCUAAAAGUUUUAUAACAACGCAGAGGUCUAGGAUGCUGGGUUGUGAAAUCUUGACCUUUCGGAAACCUUUUGUUUUUACAUAUACUUUUAACACCGCAUUCACAAAUUUAAACCCUUCAAACAUUUUAUAAUAAAUAAUAUUUUUGAUUGUUAUUUUUUGUCUUUUCAAAGCAGUUUAUGCCAAACUAAAGAUUAUACAUAGUAAACUAAAGAACUGUAUCGUCAAUCUCAUUAGUGACUGUUCAGAACUCUUAUACAAGUCCAAAUUUUUACCCAUUCUGCUACCAAGCAGAGUCGAGCUUAAUAAGCAAAAAAGAUAAACCCAUUUUUAUUAUCUUACGGAUAAUAUCUUUGGAUCCAGGCGGAUGUGUAUUUUUAAAUUUAUAUGUACAAAUUUUCGAUUUCAUCCCAAAAUAUAUUAUUUCCAUUUUAUAUCAAAAGGAGAUCGUGCACAAAUGCACUGGAUGAUAAAACGUCUACAAAAGAGUGUUGUGCCGUUUGUGUGGUCAUAAAAUGUUGUAUUUGUAGAUAUACAUGUAUA